AAAGCAUUGACGCAUUAGAACAUGAUUGGGACGAUGACAGUCUGAACCAGUGGCACGGUCACUCCGAGAUGGGUCAUGUCUAAUAUUAAUUCCAGGCAGCUUCCUGACUCCACGGACCAAGAAGAGACGGACACCAGGGGUCCGGGAGAGAUGGACAGCGAGAUGAGCGUGACCACCACAACUUCCACCGCCACCACUGCCCUGGCUGCGAACACCACAACCAGCACCUCCACCUCCACCCCCACACGUACCCAGGCACCCCCUACCUCUCUCUACAGCACCCCCUCUGACCGGCAGGCUGUCCAGGUGAUCCAGCAGGCCAUCCAGCGGCCCCAGAGCAUGGCGGCGCAGUACCUGCAGCAGAUGUACGCUGCGCAGCGGCAGCACCUCCUGCUCCAGACCGCAGCGCUGCAGCAGCAGCAGAGCCUGGCCACCGUGCAGCAGACCACGCUAUCAGGAAGCAGGCAGUCGCCCUCUACCUCCCCCUCGCCCAAUGGGAAUAUGCCCCAGUCUCCUGGAACUUCACAGGCCUCGAUCACAUUGCCCAGUUCGCCAGUGACAGCCCAGCUGAUCAGCCGGUCCCAGAACCCCACCUCAACAGCCACAGGGGGCGCUAUAUCCCAGCAGGCCAUGCUUCUGGGUAACGGCUCCUCCACCUGCAGCCAGGCUCAGAUGUACCUGCGCACCCAGAUGCUAAUUCUGACUCCAACCGCCACGAUGGGGGCGGUGCAGUCUGAGCUGCCCGUCAUUUCCUCUGCUUCGUCUCAGCCCACCUCCACCCAGGUCCAGAGCCUGGCUGUUCGGGCUAACCCACCCAACGCCCUGCCUGCGGCCCAGAGCGUCCCACUAAAGGCCUCCUCGCAGGGGCUGACGCUGGUGCCCUCCCUCCCCAAGAUGUCCAUCUGCCCCCUGAGGCCCAGCCAGCAGGCCGAAUCCUCUGACGGGCCCCCCGCGAGCGAGCCCCGCUCCACCGAGGUCACUCGCAUCCCCUCCACCCACCAGCUUAUUGUGCCAACAUCGUAUUCACCCAUUCAGCCACAGGCACUGGUGAAACAUCAGCUGCACUGCACAACCAGCCACAAGGGGGCGCACCACCAACUUAUCAUCCAGCAACCUGCCGGUGCCCUACGGCAGGUCCAACCAAUUGCCCUCCGGGUAACUGCACAAGAGACUCCUCCCCCCUCCCAGCAUUGUGUCUCCAUUCAAAGCCUGACCACGCCUACCCCAGCCACGGUCCAAUCGCAGCACUGCGCUGCCGUCUCUGCAGCGACCCUCCCCUGUGAGACCUCGCAGGCAGCCAUCCAGCAGCAGCCGCAGCAGACCGUGGUCGUGUCCCCGGCUCCUCCCCAGUCGCCCACCUGCCAAUCCCCAGCCAUUGUUAUCCAGCCCCAAGCGGCUCUUGUCCAAUCGCAGCCUCCGUCGGUGAGGCUUGGCCCUGCCCAGCUGCCUUCACAUGUUGAGUCGCUCCCUCUGUCUGUGGCGAUCACGUCGACCGGCACCCCGGUCUCCUCCCAGGCCGCCCAGCAUGCCGUCUCCCUUCCCCAGACCACGGCCCAUAAUCCCAUCGCCCUGCCCGCCUCGGCGCAGCCGCUCUCCCUGCAGGCUCUGUCUGUGCCGACUGGGCAGGUGCUGCUGUCCGAAGACGAGCUCCCUGUGGCUGAAGCGCUGGUCCAGAUGCCCUUCCAGAACCUUCCGCCACCACAAACCAUUGCUGUAGACCUGAAGGUGCAGCAGGCUGCCCCCACAGAGUCCCCUGCGGGGCAGAGACUAUACGAAGCGGAGGGGAUGUGCACCGAGGAAACGAGAGAGGACGGACCCUUGCACCUGCGCAGGAACAUGACUCCGACUCCGCCGACUCUGUCGCCAUCUACCAGAUCGGAGGGGAACAGCGAGGACACAGGCACCCACAAGGACAAUUGCACAGAUGUUUCUGGUUUCCCCUGCGGUACGUCGACGAGCAGCACCUCUGUGAUACGGUCCCCCGGAGAGCCCCCCUAUGCCAACUCCUCCCCCCCUCCCCUCCUGCCUGCCGUGGUAAGAAGCGCCAGCCAGCACCCCCCAGCAAGCCUCCCGGGGGGUCCUGAGAGCCAGCCCCUACAGGCGAUCGUUAAACCCCACAUCCUCACACACCUCAUUGAGGGCUUCGUCAUCCAAGAGGGGCUGGAGCCGUUCCCGGUGAACCGGUCCUCCCUGAUGGUCGAGCAGCAGGCCACUCUGCCCGAAGCCCAGGAGACAAAGUCCAACGGUGGGCAGCAGCCGCCCUGUGACGUACCCAUGGACACGGAGCCCCCCGAGAACUCCACCGAUUCGGACAUGGAUGACACACCAACUGCCGAGGAUGGUACAGAGGAGGGGUCGAUGGACGUACUGGAGUGUGAGUUCUGCGGGAAGAGAGGUUACGCUCACACGUUCCUCAGAUCCAAGCGCUUCUGCUCCAUGAUCUGUGUCAGACGGUUCAAUGUCAGCUGCACUAAACGCAUCAGCCUGUUGAAGGCUGAUAAAUCUGGGCGCUGGGCUCGUAGGACUGACGGGAGACGGGGCCGUCCACCUAGUCGGCCAGAUGGAGGCAACAGAGAGCACUUCCUCAGACAGGUGGCAGCUCCAUACAACAAUGCAGUGGACGGCCAGCCGUCACGAAAUGAGGAGGAAGAGGACGAGCCUCCCGUUCCCAUGACGACGAGGCUGAGGCGCCAGACGGAGCUGGAGCGUGAGCGGGAGAGGGAGCGGGGGCUGGUGAGGACGAGGGAGGCGUUGGGCGGUGUCCCUAGCAGCCCGUCCAGCGCCCCGCCCAACCCCACCCUCUGGACCGUUCAGGAGGUCUGGUCCUUCAUCUACAGCCUGCCAGGCUGCCAGGACAUUGCUGAGGAGUUCCGGUCACAGGAGAUUGACGGCCAGGCCCUGCUACUACUGACCGAAGAGCACCUGAUGAAUGCUAUGAACAUGCGCCUCGGCCCCGCACUCAAGAUCUGUGCCCGCAUCAACUCCCUGAAGGACGCCUAGAGAGAGAUAGAGUGGAGGGGGGGAGGGGAAUUAACCUGAAGGAAGAGAGAGAGUAACAGAGUAUGUGCGAGAAUGAGAGACUGAGCGUGGGUGAGACAGGGAGAUGAAGAGACAGAGAGAAUGAUGCCAAAGUUGCUGCUCUAAAUGUUCCAAGACCUGUGGACACAAGACAAAUGUGCAGCGGAUACAAAGCCUGACGUGUGUUCCUUUGUCCUUUCAAGCCCCUCGCUCCCUAAGCACCCCCAUACAGCCCCACAGAGGAUUUUCCCAUAAUGCACAGCUGCAUUAAGUAAACAAGUAAGCUCAGAUCACAUGGUAUCGCAACAAACUGUUUUAGCUGAGGAAAUGAAACUCACUGCGUUUGCUCCUGUUUCAGCUGGUCUGUUCACUGUGUAAAUUGUGGAAAGGUGUGUUUCCAGAGAUGGAUUUUAACAGUUUUUUUAGCAAUGCUGGGAAAGAACAUUCAGUUGAAAGCACAGGUGGCCAUCUUGGUUUUGUGCAGUGUCGUUGCCAUCCCCAGGGAACAGUGCAGGGGGAAAGCUUUAAAAUGCUGUUCAGAAGAGAACCCAGUGAGCUUUUUAUAUCGUCACAUGUUCAGGAUCUCAAUCUUUCUUCUUUCUCUGUGAAUUCCAGUUACCUGUAGCAUUCAAGGUAGACAUUGUAGCAGUGGCAGCAGCAAAUGUAGAUAACCACUUCAUAUGGUUGACCACAUCUGAGAUCACUGUCAUUCAUCUGAGUAAUUUACCGUCAAAUACAUGCUAAAGGUAAACCCAUUCUAAAUUAUUUCUCUUACUUAUUUUUACAUACAGUACAAACAUAAAAGCCCACCACAGGAUAGAAACAGGCUUGCAUUGAUCUACAUUUUCACUUCUUUAUAUUAAAUGUAACAGGUCAUUGUGCACUUUCUUCAGAGCAAGAUUGCUCUUAGAUUUUAAGAAAACAAACUGGCUGUGGUCAAAGUUUGUGCUUUACUUUAUCACUGUAACCCACAAAGGACUGCAUUUGAAAAAUGUCAAGUUACUAUUGUUUUACAAAUAUUCCAUAUUCUCUGGCAAAUAGAUAAAUAUCCUUGUGGACAUUAUAGAAGUAUUUAAUAUCUAGGUAGCAUGUAAAACACAUACAGUAUUCUAUUUGUAAAAACACAUAUAUACAGUCUAUGAUAAAUGACAGCCUAUGGUCCCGGUUGACUUCUGAGUCAUGAAUGAGUGUUGCUUGCUCAGAGGAAGAGAUGGUUUAUGUUUUUUUUUUGUGCCGAACCUGUAAAGAUACAUUUAUGUGUACUCUGUGUGUCUCUUUUGCAGAUAAUAUUUUUCUAUAAAUAUGUAUAAACAAA